CGGUCACAAGUUGGCCAAGCACACGCCCUUCACACACACACACACACUGCUGCCGCCUCAGGCGCUGCAUCACUGAACUUCAGCGGGACUGGGACUGAGUAGCAUGCGCACAUAACAGCCACAGCCAUGCAGAACCACCAGAAAGAACGUCUGUACAAAAUCCUGGUUAUCGGAGAUUUGGGAGUGGGCAAGACGAGCAUCAUUAAGCGCUACGUUCACCAGACCUACUCAACGAACUACAGAGCCACCAUAGGAGUGGACUUUGCUCUCAAAGUCCUCAACUGGGACUCAGAAACGGUGCGCUUGCAGCUGUGGGACAUUGCAGGCCAGGAGCGCUUCGGGAACAUGACGCGGGUUUACUACAGAGAGGCCAUGGGGGCGUUCAUUGUUUUUGACGUCACCAGGCCUACGACAUUUGAAGCAGUCAGCAAAUGGAAGGAGGAUCUGGACUCAAAGUUGACACUGGCCAAUGGCAAAAGCAUUCCCAGUGUGCUGCUGGCCAACAAGUGUGACCAAAGCAGAGACAUUGUGGCUAAUAACGGCCUCAAGAUAGACCAGUUCUGCCAAGAGAACGGAUUUGCUGGAUGGUUUGAAACCUCAGCCAAGGAAAACAUCAACAUCAACGAAGCUUCAAACUUCCUGGUCAAACACAUCAUCGCCAGCGAGAACGACAUCCUCAAAUCAGUGGUUCCAGACACCAUCUCACCCCAGCUGACCCCGACCAAAGAGAUGAGCUGCUCCGGGUGCUUUAAACCCUAACAGAGAGCAACGUCUGUCUCCAGAACAGCAGCCGAGGAGGACUGCAGGACUGAGGACCCUCUGCUCCCACUCUGUCUAUUAUCACAUAGCUGGAGCAGGACAGCAAAGACA